AUGCUUCUAGAUUUGGAGAAUGCCAAGAAACGUAUCAUGCCUCUUUUUGAAUCAUUGAAUUCUAAUAAAGAAGAAAAUAGUCUGCGAUUAGCUUUUCGACUGGAUUUAACGGCUACAAAUAUGAUUUGUGCUUUCGGAGCUUUGUUGAAAUAUUUAGAUGCAAUAAGACUAGGCGUGGAAUUUGAAGAUAUAAAUAAAAAAACUCCAAUAUCUACCAUCAAAACAAUCACCAUUGAGAAAAUAAUAGAAAUAGAUGACAAUUCGAAGCGUGCUUUGCAAAUUUUCCAAGAUGAUUUGCAUCCAUCGGCAUGUAAAGCAUAUUCAGCUGGCGGUGUUCGAGAAGGAAUUAGCUUGUUUCGGAUGUGUGAUCGAUGUCAGUCAAAAAGUGGUGGAGCGUUACUCAGAUGUUGGUUUGAACGGCCUACAAGAAAUCGAGUAACGCUAACUAAUCGAGUGAAGGCAGUGCAUUAUUUUGUGCAAGAUUGCAAUCUUGAUGCUCUUGACUUUAUCAGAAUCAGACUAAAAAAAAUUUCCACUCUGAAGGCAUGUUAUCUUUUUUGUGGUAUUCUUAAACGAGUUAAAUCACAGCGUUUAUCGUUGAAUGAUUGGCGAAAUCUCUACACGACAUGCAAUGCGGCAGAUCAAAUUAUUGAUUACAUUAAAAUGCGAGAAAUAAAGCUGGCAUUAAUAGAUAACGACGUGAUAAGCGUUUGUAAGGAUAUUGCUCGUGUAACAGCUGUCAUCUACGGAAUUGUCAUCGAAUUUUCAGUAAAGCAACUGUAUACUUCUUUACCAGAAAUGCUUACAUCUAUUGCAGAGAAGGAGGCUGCACUAUUAAAUGUUCCAUCAUCAGUGUGUUACAUACCAAUGUUUGGAUAUUUGUUAGUUGUACCCAAAAAUACUCUAUUUCCGUCUACUAUCCGGGGAGAAAUUGAGCUUUUAUAUGAAAGUGAAGAUAUGAUUCACGUGAAAAAUAAACGAAUGCGAGAACUGGAUCGAGAAAUCGGUGACAUAAAAAUGGAAAUAAUUGAUAUUGAAACUAAUGCUAUGCUGAAAUUGAAGCAACUUAUUGGCCGAAAUGAUGAAGUGAUUCGCCGAUCUGCAUUCAUAUGCGCUACACUUGAUUGCAUCAUUUCCCUUGCUCUAACUGCUAGGGAAUACAACUGGUAUUGUCCACAUUAUGUUGAUGAAUCAGUAAUUGAUGUCGAUGAUGGAAGGCAUGCUAUUGCUGAACUUUUAUCAACUACCAAAUUUGUUCCAAAUUCAGUACGGUCAGGAGGUGUGCACACAAAAAUUAAAAUUUUAAUGGGACCUAAUGCAUCUGGCAAAAGUAUUUAUUUGAAGCAGAUUGGAAUCAUCGUUUUUCUUGCUCAUGUUGGAAGUUUUGUACCUGCUAAAAAAGCCAUUAUUGGACCAGUAGAUCGCAUUAUUACGCGAAUUCACACCGUAGAUUGUGUGAUGGAUGGAAUGUCUACGUUUGCAACCGAUUUGUCUCAGAUGUCAGUUGCUCUGCGACGUGGAACCGGAAAUUCGUUAAUUUUAAUCGAUGAAUUUGGGAAAGGUACAAUUAUGGAAGCAGGUCUUUCAUUAUUAGCAUCAUCAUUGAAUUACUGGAUUCGCAAAGGGAAAAGUGACUGCCCUCAUGUUUUUGCAGUAUCACAUUUCUACACACUCUUCGAUCAUAUAAUUAAAGAUGAAAGCAUUUUGUCAUUUUCGACGAUGAAUGCUAUUUUGGCGGGAGAAAAGCUUAGUUUUCAAUAUAAACUCAUUGAUGGCUUUAUCAGCUCUUCACAUGCUUCACAAAUUGCUCGUAAAAUGGGCAUAGAUGAAAACAUCAUAAAUAGGGCUCAUGAAAUUCAUGAAUGCUUGAAAUCCAACAAAUGUAUAGAACCUGUUGAUCAUGAUGAAGAAUUGGUACACAAAUUCACUCCCAUAAUCAAUGUAUUGGAAAGUAUCGAAUUUUCCACUGACUUGAACGGUUAUUCUUUGCUAAAUGUGAAAAUUAAAUAA